AUGACAAAUUUGUCUCUUGCAAGAGAAGGAGAAGAAGAAGAGGCAGAAGCAAAGAAGCCCAUAGAAGAAGUGGAGAGAGAGCACAUGUUCGACAAAGUGGUGACUCCAAGUGACGUUGGGAAACUAAACAGACUCGUGAUUCCAAAGCAACACGCAGAGAGAUACUUCCCUUUAGAUUCAUCCUCAAACGAGAAAGGUUUGCUUCUAAACUUUGAAGAUCUCACAGGAAAGUCAUGGAGGUUCCGUUACUCAUACUGGAACAGUAGCCAGAGCUAUGUCAUGACUAAAGACACAGGAAGAGAUAGCCGCUUGUUUAUCGACUGGAGGAGACGACCGAAAGUCCCCGAGUGCUAUCCGACAUCGACUUUUCACUUUUCUGCCGGAGCUAUGUUCCCUAGGUUUUACAAUUUUCCGACAGCAACUGCUUCGACAAGUUAUCAUCAGCAGCCACGUCAUCAUCAAAGUUACAUUUAUCCUCAAAUACCGAGAGAAUUUGGAUAUGGCUAUGUUGUUAGGUCAGUAGAUCAGACGGCUAUGGUGGCUGAUCCGUUAGUGAUGGAAUCUGUGCCGGUGAUGAUGCACGGAGGAGCUAGAGUGAACCAGGCGGCUGUUGGAACCGCCGGGAAGAGGUUGAGGCUUUUUGGAGUUGAUAUGGAAUGUGACGAGAGCGGAAUAACAAACAGUACGGAGGACGAAUCUUCAUCUUCUGGUGGGAGUUUUCCACGUGGCGGUGCUUCUUCCUCUUCCUCUUUGUUUCAGCUGAGGCUUGGAAACAGCAGUGAAGAUGAUCACUUAUUUAAGAAAGGAAAGUCUUCAUUGCCUUUUAAUUUGGAUCAAUAA